GGAACAGAACUGUCUCAUGAGUUCCUGCAGCUGCCAUCUCUUGGACAACCCUUUGAACUUGGACUGCUGUAUGACUGCAGAAGUCAUUCCCUGAUUUCAGGCAUGACUUUGUGGAACAAAGAGACAUUGAAAAACAGUUGUGAUGAACAACCGCAGUAUGACACACAGUUUAACAUCACUACAGCAGAUGACUUUGACCAGAAACAUUCAGCUUUAAAUGUGAGUGCAUCCCUUAAGCUUAGUGUCUAUGGAGGACUAAUAAAGCUGCAAGGGUCAGGAAAGUAUCUUUCUGAUACUAAGUCCUCCAAAAAGCAGGCUCGUGUAACUCUACAGUACUACACAACCACAAAAUACAAAUCCUUAAGAAUGUAUCAGCUGGAACAAGAGGCUAUUCAGGACCCACACAUUUUUGAGAAAGAUAUAGCAACUCAUGUUGUUUCUGCUAUAUUAUAUGGUGCACAAGCUUUUUUCAUCUUUGAUCAGCAUGUCUCAACAGAAAAUGAGCUGCAAAAUGCAGAGGGACACAUGCUUGCCGAAAUCAGAAAAAUACCGAAAGCGAACAAUGAAUGUCAAGCAAAGCAAAACAAUGAACAAUUUCAUUGCACGUUUUAUGGUGAUUUCAUACUUAAGAAAAAGCCAGUAACCUAUGAAGAUGCUGUCCACACAUACUCAGAACUUCCAAAAAUGCUCGGGGAAAACGGUGAGCAUGCCGUUCCACUAACAGUUUGGUUACUCCCAUUAAACAAAAUAAACUCAAAAGCAGCGUCUGUAGUACAAAAAAUCAGUGUCUCGUUAGUCGCACAAACACAAAAUAUCCUAGAAGAGUUUCUUAGCAUUGAAAUGCAUUGCAAUGAUUCUUUAAAAGACAGCAUUGUAUCUAGUUUUCCUGCAAUACAGAAAAAGAUUCAACAUUUCAAGGCAUAUUGUUAUGAGUACAAAAUCAUUUUGCAAAAGGAUUUGAGAGACAUAUUAUCAUCAAUUUGUAGUAAUGAGGUUGUAGAACAGAAACUUUCACAUCUCUUAAUAAGUAACGAGAGCUCCCCAUUUAAUAACCGCUCAGUAAAAGAGUGGAUUGCUAAUAUGCUGAGAGAGAAAACACUGAUUAGUAGUUAUAGUACCAUGUUUUUGGGAGACAACUGUAUAGAAACAAACAACCAGUUUGAGGGGAAACAGUCCAACCAGCAUAACAUAAAAAUUUGUUCAGACCUUGAACUGGAGAAAGAACUAUGUGAUGUAACGGUAGACUAUGUUGUGUGUUUUAACUUCACCUCUCUGAAUGAAGGAAAUGACUAUGUUACUGAGCUUGCAACAUAUCUGAAGAAGUAUCAGACAACGUUGCAGCAACAAAGUGCGCAAGGUACUUGGAAGUGUACAAAGAAAACUGAACCAUGGUUUUUAUCUAAGGAAAUGCGUAAAAACAUGAAGGAACUUGCAGAACGUUUCAUUGAAUUUGCAACAGCUAAUGCAAUGCACAAAAAAACAAAGUUCUUAGUUACUUCCACAAAUGAUGAAACAUGCAAAGGUGCAUCCAUAUUUUUGUACGAGAAUGGAGUCCUGAAAAAUAGACAAUUUCAUCCCCCAUCUAAACCUGGCACUCCGAUAGUCUUUGAGCCAGGAUAUACCGAUGUGAUGCUAAAAAUACAACCACCACAGUAUGGAGCUGAGAAUAUUAAAAAAUACAUUGUAGAAUACAAUACUCCUGGCACGACAGAGUGGAAGUCUUUUGAAACACAAAAUACGUUAUUUCCUGUAACUGAUUUACAGGAGAUUACUGAGUAUGAAUUUCGGUGCAAAGCAGUGUGUGAUCCAGGGAUGAGCAUGACCAGUGACAUGAGUGAAUGUAUAUUCACCGGUUAUAAACCAGAAGGAACAAUAAGUCACUUUGAGCCUGUUCCAUAUACUUUACCACUGAAAGAUGGACUUCCUUAUGGUUCAGAAGUUACAAUUUUUGGUGAAGUGAAGAGAGAUGCUCACAGGUAG